AUGGGUGAUGUACCGGCAGACACUCAGGACGCCCCUGAUUCGCCAUCCGGGUCACCAUCUCGCAGCCGCAAGAGAAACACUGGAGUUUCGAAAGAAUAUCUCUCACUUCUGAACGGCAUCAUCCAAGAUGUCAACACCAAAAAGAUAUCUUCACGGCUGCCCGUGAGCUCGUCACAGAUUGGCGCCACAUUCUGGAAUGCUUCAGAAAAGGAGACCCUUCUCAACCAGCUCGAACUUCAUGGCGCUGGCGAUCAGGUUCUAUCUCUUCUGAGCGAGGCACUGCCUAACAAGUCGGAAAGUGAAAUCCAAAAAUAUCUAGCGCUGCUCAAGAAACACUCCACUGAGGACAUGAAGAACCCAAACUCGGGAUUUGCUUUGGAAACAGUACCUGCCGCAUUUGAGAUUUCUAGCGAGUGCGAAAGCAAACUAGAUCUUGCCGCUGAGCAAGUCAGUGCUCGUGUCUACAACGAGGAUGCACAGGCUGCGCGUGAUGAGUACGGCGAAGACUGGUUGAUUGAUGAGGGAAUUGCCGAAGAGUUGGAGGGUCGUUUUGAGCAGCAGACACCUCCUGAUGCCAAGCUUGACGACAGCGACCUUGAAUCUACAGCUUCGGGGGCACACACCAUGCUUGACUCUUCCGCAGCAGUUGAAGCACUUCGACCUGCUUCUUUCCUCGCUCUUUCAAGAUCUCUCUUCAUGAACAACAGCGAAGACCCAGAGCUUAACUGGCAAAAUCUCGAUGCCAUCUCUGAAGAGGUCGACGCGCCGGCAUUGUUCAGAAGCGCUCUCGAGGACUUCUACAACUUGACGGUCAACAUCACACGCCGUCUGGUGCAAGCUACCAUGUUCCAAGCGAUGACAAGACUGAGAGCUGCCGACUCCAGCAGAGUUGAUUGGACGCCUGUGGCUGUUGUGAGGGAGAUUGAUGUCCGUACUGCCGCGGAUUUUCUGGACAUGAAAACAAACUCGAAGGAGUAUUGGCGAAAUGCAGCCAGAAGGAACAAAGUUCUCGUGUUCAGUGACUCGAAGAAAUACGCAGACGGUAGACCUGGAGCGAAAGCCGGGCGUCAGCUUACUUACGAUGAAGUCGAUGCUGAGCUUGGAGCUGAGCCAGCAUCUUCUGCUACGGCUGUCGUUGAGCCAGAGAUCACCGAGUCUGACAUCGACGAACUGAUGGAAGAUGACGAUCUUUUAACAGACGAUCCAGACGAGCCGCACGAACUGACAGACGAAGCAACGGACCCUACCGGCAGCUCUACAAGACCGUCUCCUGGAACAAGCAAGCGCAAACGAGCUUCUAGCCCUGGCAACUUCAUUCGAAUCGAAGAACGCUACCUAGAUGCCCUCGACAAAAAUGCAAGCGGCGAAGAAGAGAAGCGACUCAGUGACCUACUUCGCCUGGACGUCCAGCCUGACCCCUCGCAUCCUCUGCCGAUGCCCGAACGCCCCGGAAAGCCGCCAGAGUCCGAGCUAAGCCGUACCCACUGGAGAGAUCGUACCGAGUACGAAGCAGAAUGGGAACAGCCAUCGGGCACAGUCGACCCGGAAAUGUUUCGAGAGAUGGAACUGCAAGGGCAGAGGGGGCUGAAGAGACGACGAAUGUUGUUGAUGGGUGUGCGACGGCGAUUGGAGGAAGACAUGGGAUCUGAAGAAGACGAGUGGGAUUCCAACGCGAGUUCGGAGGGAGAAGACGGAGAGGGAGCAGAGGUCCAAGCUGGGGCUGAAGGAGAGUCUGAACGUGGAAGUGAUGGAGAUGAAAUCGAGAGCAAUGGCCAACAGGACCAGGAGGCAGAAGACAUGGAGGACGUCAAAGAUUCGGAAUCUGCGGGCGAGGGCAGUGAGGAUGAGGAAGGUUCCGCGAGCGACAAUUUGAGAGAAGAACAUCAGAGCGACGUCCAAGGUGAUGCCAUGGAAGAGGACGAGUAG